CUCACCAAGGUUCUCAACAGGCUGCCCUUAACUCGCUGCCUCUUCCAAUUCCGCUGCGUCAGCAAAUCGUGGCACCGUCUCCUCUCCGACAUUCCCAAUUUCAUCAGCCGCCGCAUCCUCUUCAACGAAGAUGACGAGAACGCUCGUAUCUUGGUCGCCCGCAUCGCCGACAAGGAUGAUCCGUCUGUACGGUACACCGCCCUCUGCCCCGACACGCUCCGGCCCGUCUCGACUUAUUCCGGCGCCUCAUUCUCCUCUCCAACCAUCGCCGGCUGCCGGAACGGGGUAUUCUGCAUCCACGACAAUCCCGGCUUCCCCUGCCCCACCGAAACCCUAAUCGCGCUCUGGAAUCCCACCACUUCCGAAUCCAAAAGAGAAGAAAACAGAGGAGGGAGCAUCACUGCCUGGGUGUACAGCCUUAGGAAGAAUUCAUGGACGCAAGUCGAAACUCACGGCGUCAAUCGCCCAAUCUAUGGCCUCUGUUCUGGGUUCCACCACUGGCAUAGUAGUAGCUCGAGAUCCGAGAAAAUCUAUAUCUGGCAGGAUAACAUCGGUGGCGAGGCAUUCAAACCUGCAGAUUACUAUGCUACUGUGGUUUCCUUUGACUUGAGCAAACAAGUGUUCGAGACGGUUUACCUGCGCUUGCCUCGUCCUACGUAUGUGGCUGGCAGUGGACAUUACAUUGUUCGUUCGAUGUCCAUGGUGGAAGAGUGUUUGAUCGUUGUUUUGUCUAUCAGCAAACGUCUUGAAGAGAAAGUGGACUACGAGGUGUGGAUGGUGUUGGAGCCAUGGCUUGAGCUUGAGCCUGGAUGCCAUCACUGGGUUAAGUUGUUGGUCGUUUCGGUUGAUCGUUUCAGUUGUCUUGGCAUUGCCGGGUUUUGGAAACAUGGGAAAUGCUUUGUGGUGGAUUGUGAUGGGAGGUUGUGCCUUCUUGAUAUGGAAACGGGAUGUAUCAUCGAUCAACUGGAAGUUGAAGGUAAAGGGUCUAUUAAGCAAGAAGUUAUGACUUAUGUUCCAUCCAUGGUUUCAUUGUCUUCUUGAUACUUAUACCUGUCCAAGCCUAAACGUAUCUAUAUGUUCAUCCACUCGUCCAAGUUCCAAGGUACUCCCCUGCAAGUUUAGCUUUACAAUUUAGUCUGGAUAGAUGGUAACUUUGGAAUCAACCUCAAUGGACUAUGAUGCAACUAGUUCAUGUUUCUUCUGUUGGUUUUCAUAUGAUGAUAGAAAUUGUUUCUUUUUCUUUUGUUCUCUCAAAAGUAUUAUCACCGAAUGUGUUUCAACUC